AUCCAAUGACCCCUUUUCACGAUGUACUAACUCCUUUUCAAAAUUUUCGGUUCCGAGCCUAACAAUAAAUCAGCCUACCAGCAAAAAUCCAUCAACAGCCUUUCCGUUGAACGGAGUGGAUCUCGCUACUGGUUCAGUCUGGGAACUCAUCACAAUCAGCAAGGCGGCCCCGACUAUCUACAGGCUCCAGGGUAUUCAUGUCGUGCGACUUUCCACUCAUUUGGUCCUCAAGUAUGGUCAGGCAAUCCAAAUGCAGGAGAUCAAGGCGAUGAAAUAAGUCAAUUCCAACAUGGAUGUUCCUACCUCUAGACUCCACCACUACUUCUUCAUCGCCUUUGAUCCCUCGACCUCCUAUCCAUGUGGAUAUAUGGUCAUGGACUAUGUUGAAGGCAACACGGUUUUCGACAUCUGGGAGAGCCUCGACACGGAACGACGCACAGAUAUCGUCAAACAAGGCGCCCAUAUCGUCUCCCAAUUACAACUCCACAGCUUCGACCAGCCAGGCCCUCUCGGCGGAGGGCGUUGUCGAAGGUUCCGGGUCUCCGGUUACGGAGCAGGACCUUUCCACAAGGACGACUUCAACGCCUGGUUCACGCGCAAGCUGGAAUUCUCCCAAAGGCGCGGAUACGCCAGCAAGGAUUUUCCACACUUCGACUACUCGUCGUUCACCCUAGUGCACCAUGACAUAUGUCCUGUGAAUCUGGUUUUGGACUGCGACAGCAAUGUCUGGGUCAUCGACUGGGGCAACGCGGGAGCCUAUCCCGCCAUUUUCGAAGCGGCGACGAUGAACGACUCUUCGAGGUUCACGGAAUUCAAUGCCCUCAUGCUGCCGCAUAUAGACAAUGGCUUGGAGGAAAGGGACCAUACUUUGGGGGCGCCCUGGACCAUUGUUACCGGAGUUUAUUCGGAAUGAGUUCGUGGAUACAUGUGCGCAGAAAACCCUCGAUGUUCAUUCCCAAGAACAACGACGAAGGAAGAUCAUUUUCAUUCAUAGCAGUGCCAUUUCGU